AUGAGUCAGGAAUCGUUUAUAUAUAGUUUCGUGGCUCGUGGGACGAUGGUGUUAGCUGAGUACACUGAGUUCACCGGAAAUUUUCCUGCCAUUGCAGCUCAAUGUCUUCACAAGCUUCCCUCUUCCAAUAACAAGUUCACUUACAACUGUGACCACCACACCUUCAAUUUUCUGGUUGAGGAUGGUUAUGCAUAUUGUGUUGUUGCAAAGGAAUCUGUUGGCAAGCAGAUCUCUAUUGCUUUCCUUGAACGGGUCAAAGCAGACUUUAAGAAAAGAUAUGGUGGUGGAAAAGCAGAUACAGCUAUUGCUAAGGGUCUGAACAAGGAGUUUGGACCAGUUAUGAAAGAGCACAUGAAGUAUAUCAUCGAUCAUGCUAAUGAUAUUGAAAAGCUAAUAAAAGUGAAAGCUCAAGUUUCAGAAGUUAAGAGUAUCAUGUUAGAAAAUAUAGACAAGGCCAUUGAUAGAGGAGAAAACCUAACUAUUCUUGCAGAUAAGACAGAGACAUUGCGUUCACAGGCUCAAGAUUUCAGAAAGCAAGGAACACAAAUCCGUCAAAAGAUGUGGUAUCAGAACAUGAAAAUGAAAUUAGUUGUUCUAGGAAUUUUGUUGUUUUUGGUCUUGGUUAUUUGGCUUUCUAUUUGUGGUGGAUUUGACUGUACAAACUAG